AUGAAAGGUUCAAUCCCUGAGGCCACUGGCGACGAAGAAGAGUACGGAUCAGAUGUCAAGACUAAUCCAGUAACACACGACGAAGACGACCGCGAUGUGGCACUGGGCCAGGUAUCGGAUUCUGGCCCAGUACUGCAUAGUCAGGGUGUGUACUUAAGUACCUCCCCUCCGGACGAUGAAGACAACAUGUCAACGACAUCGACGACUCUGGGGUCUGUUUUCUCAACAGAUUCCUUAGCAACUUCAAUAACGGCGUUUUCUAAAGAAAGCGGGUUUUCGAUCGAACAGAUACAGACUGCUACGCGAGUCUUCGUUUCCAUCGUACAGGACAAUGAGCUGCUCGCGCCACUGUACGAGUAUGCCCGCAACGAUGUCGAGAUUGGACCCAACCGAUUGAGGAGACAUAUACGCGGAGCUUUGAAGACAUUUGCAGACAACCUGAAAGAGAAAGCGGAUGACCACAUUCAGUUUCAAGCUUCUCGUCUCGUUCACGCAAAGGCACGUCACGCCGCGCGGUGCAUCGCUAGCGGAGAGGACCAGAACCACCAGCCACAGGCUAAUAGUUCUGAAGAUGAGAUCGCGGAACGUGCUGUUGAAGAAGCCUUCCUGGACCUGAAGGCUUUCCGCAUCUUCCUGACAGAGAGCGAUGCUUAUGCAAUAUUUCAAGCAGACAUACAUGCCUUCUGCACGAAACAGUCGACUAGGAUACAGAACUUGCCGGCUAUUGAUACGCCAAAGCCAUUACCUGUGCCUAAAGAUAGCACAAAGCGUACAUGGUAUUCAUGGAAGAAAGAUACCGAGGUUCUGGCGCGCGGCCUGUUGUUAGGCUUUGAUCGGUCACUUGGAGCAAAAGCCGCGAUGUUUCUCCUGCUAGACUUCUUCUUCCUGUUGACGGAUGACUCUCUAGUCGCCUUGGGAUGGUUAGAGCCUGCAUUGAGAGUCGGCUGGACGCGGCUAAGAAGUCAAUGCCAGUCUCAGGGCAUAAUGGAAACCAUACUGGCCUACCUCAGCACAACACCGGUAGUGCCGUAA